AUGCCCGGCGCGCCCGCUGUUAUGAUCUUCGCCGCCGCUCUAUUCCUCACCUCGUUCUGUCCGGUUAACAUGCCGACCGCCGUUAUCUCCGUCCUCGUACGGACACUUACCUCUGUCCUCGUACGGACACUUACCUCUGUCCUCGUACAGACCUUCGUCGCUGUCCUCUCCUCUGUCCGCGUACAGACCUCUGUCCCUACCCUUGGGUACAUCACUGCAUCAUCCCUCGCCCUCGCGCGAGGCCUGGCCCUUCCCUCGGGGAACCUAACCAUGUCCCUCGACCCCUCAGCUUAUGCCUCGCCCAUGGUUCCUUACACCUAG